CGCUGCCCGCUGCGGCAAUGCCCGCGAGUGCGCAGGCGUCGGUAAGAUGGCGGACGACAAGGACACACUGGGAAAGCUAAAGGAUCUUGCACAGUUGAAAGGUCAACUGGAGAGCAUCCAGCGGAGGGUGGAAGAGGAGGUACAAAUGGGAUUGCCCAAUGGUGGUUCCCUGUUGUCCUCUCCAUUCCUGAAGGGGUUCCUGACGGGAUACGUCGUGGCCAAGCUGCGAGCCUCUGCUGUCCUGGGUGUACUGGUGGGGACAGUCACUGGGAUCUAUGCAGCCCAAAACUACAACAUCCCCAAUAUAGAAAACUCAGUCAAGGAUUACCUGAACUCUGUGAAGAAAGGACCAAAGUAAUAAGCAUCCCUCCAUCUCUGCCGUCUUGGAGCUAGUUGACUCAUCAGGGAAGGGGGAACUGCAGGACAAUCAAACGUGAACUUAGAGUGCAACUGGCCUUUGAUAUUAUUGAUGUAAAUGACUUAUAAAGCUUGACUGCUGUA